AUGACAAUUGUAGAGGCGGAGUCGCGCGCUGCAGAGAUGCAGGUUGGGUUCCUAGCGACGCCGAAAGGGAAUGGGGUCUCUGACGACCUCCUUGGCGGAGCGGCAGUGAUGAAGGAUGGAGCGGCAGCCGGCUCACGCUCACGCUUGCACGGCCCAGAGGCAGAGAGGAGACGCCGGCGACUGCCAGCGUGGCUCUCGCGGACGCACGCUCAGGAUGGACAGACGGCGCUGAAUGGGCGACGCCGCGUUAUUGCGGGCGUGGACAAAAUAUGUCCUGUCGGAGCAGGCGCGGCUUCGCUUCGUGGGCGGCCAAACUGGGACCGCCAGACCCCGUCCGUCACCACACCCACACCCGCUCACACAUCGCCAUCUCUCCCCAUCCGCUCUCGCUCUCCGCUCCCCUCCCUCCUCACCCUCUCCGCCCUCCUCCUCCUCCUCGCCACCUUUGCAGCACUUCUUUGCCGGUUGCAGGCGUUGCCGCAGCGCCCUCCUCGCUCUCAGCCACUCGACGCCAACUUCUGGCCUGGGUCCGCGACUCCAGCUGCGCGCGCCCGCCUCCCCGUGGACACCUUCACCACACCUGCGCUUUCCGCUGCACUCGUCCGCGGCCUCGUAACCGGUGCGGCUGCGCAGUGCUCAUUUCGCACAAGAGUCGUCAUCCGCAACGGCCUUCCCUGGGUCGCUAGGGCGCGUCUCCCCGGUGCUAGGCAGGGUUUGACUCUGACGGCUCCCGUCGCUGAGAAAAACAUCGACUGCCUCAUCCUCGUCCUCUUCCGUCCGUCUCCCUCGUGGCAUAGUUUCGGCGCCGUUCUUGCAUUUUCACAUCUGCCUUUUGAGUUUCGCUUGGGCCGUGCUUGCCGUUUCUCCGCCCGGCUCCUCGCUUUCCUUCACCACCUAGACUCCGACCGCGCCACGACCGCGCUCCCAAACAGCGUGCAACCUUCAACAUCCACCACGGGCGAUCUAUUCACUUAG